CACUGACACACACACACACACACACACACACACAGGGCUUAUGAAGCUGAGUUCUGCCUCUGACAACUGAGAUUCAAGCAGCUGACUUCAGAGUUGUGUUCAGUUCAACAUCUGCAGCCACACAAUGUCUUACAAUAACUCGCUGCUUCCUCACAACCCCAAAAAUGACCUGGCAACGACUAUGGAUGCCGAUGCCAUCAUGGACAAAAUCUCUAUCGUCUUCUACACACUGACAGUUGUUCUCGGCAUCACGGGGAACUCCGUGGUCAUCUUUGUGGCCGGAUUCAAGCUCAAGCCAACGGUUACCAACGUGUGGCUGGUGAAUCUGGCGAUAGCGGACCUGAUCUUCUGCUUCACACGAGUCUUUUCACUCACUAAGAAGUUCUUCUUCAACCACUGGCCCUUCGGCGUCUUCCUCUGCAAGUUCAACGGCUUCUUCAAAUACGCCAACAUGUUCUGCUCUGUGUUUCUGUUGGCUGUCAUCAGUUUGGACCGGGUCCUCUGCGUCUGGCAGCCCGUCUUCACCAAGCGACGACGCACUAUGCUGGCUGCGAGGGUGGUGGCGGCCUGCGUCUGGAUCAUUGCGAUCAUCUUCAGCUGCCCGUACUUUGUCUACCGCCAAGUCUACAUAGGGAAGAACAACCUGACUAAGUGCUCUGUGGAUGUGAAGGAGGCGGCACAGGGGGACAACAGCGCUAAACUGGCUCUCUACUCCAUCCGCUUCCUGUGUGGUUUCAUGCUGCCUUUCAUGGUCAUCCUCAUCUGUUACAUCCUGGCCGGGAUUGGCAUCCGACGAACCCGCUUCUCAGGGAAGACCCGACCCCUUCGCAUAUUAGCAUCAUUAGUCAUUGCAUUCUUCCUGUGCUGGGCGCCGUACCACUUCCUCCUACUGGUGAAGAUGGUGGACAGUAAGAACGUUGUGGUAAAGUUCUGGCACCCCGUGGCGUCGGGCAUUGCGUACUUUAACAGCUGCGUGAACCCGCUCUUGUACUUCUGCAUGGGGCUGAACUUGAGGGGGCGGUUCAGGCAGAGUUUGGCGGAGGUGUACAGACGAGCUCUGGCAGACGACGGCGACGGACAGACGACCCAGUCCAAUGAUCGCUUGCCGGAUGACAGCUCUGGGCACAGCACUGUUGUGGUGGCAGGGGGUCAGACAGCAGUGGAUGUAGCUAAAGUCUGAGCCUCUCACAGAGUUUCACAUAUUUAAACCCACCAAAGUCACCGUGAAGUGGAAGUUAGUGUGUCUUUAGCUGUGUGAGAUUUAGAGCAAAUCCAUCACAUACCAUGACUGGACAGCUCAAAACUGGGCAAAUAGAGCGUUAAAGAACUGUAGAGAACUGUUAGCCUCCACCUUCACCUUCACCUUCAUUCUCCGGUUUUGUUAAAAGAGAGGCGAACUGAUAUGAAAACACUCAGACAUCAUACAGACUAUAUUUGGUAUACAACAAGAGGUAACAGAGCAGUCAACACAAACACACUAUCCUAACAGUGUUUCCAUGCCUGGCUUGCUUUGAACCGUUAAAACCAGGAUCGCAUCUCCUCAAAGUUGGGUUUGUUGGGGUCCAUGUGAAGACAAUAACAGAUGCAGGACAAAAAUUGCCACGAAAGGCUGAUCUUGGUUUGUUAGCAAUCAGACCGUGAAACGGCAUGAAAUCAAACAAACAAACUGCUGAAUUGUAUGAUCACAGAUGUGUGAGUUUGAUGCCACUCGAAAAGCGAAACCUCACAUAAAUCCAACUGAAAUCUGUUCGGGAAGAAAUCUUAUCACUGAUCUGAUCUGCUCUCACAUUUGCUCUUUACUUGUUCCUUUAAGCACUGACAGAAUCCUCCUUUUUAGCUUCGAUCAAUGCAAAUAUUAUUUCAUUGUCAGACUGUAAGUGGGGAAGAACAACAAAGUUUGCACAUAAAUUUGUGUUAUGUAUAUACAUAAAGAGUUCGUUGUAAAUAUCUGAGCUCAUGAGGGACAGGAAGGACGAAGGGAAGUGAGACUAUUAAAGGAAAGUCAGAAAGGACUUCAGUCACUGUUGUUCAGGGGUCACACCAACAGGAAGAUGAAUCAAGACUGCACAGUAACAUUUUGAGUAAUCUGCUGCUUGGUUUUAUUUUCUAAAGUGCUCCUCAGAGUUUCGCCAUCUGAGAGUGUGACUGUAACCGCAGCACAGAAGAGUUUUAUGACUUUAUAGGACACAUGGAGAUGGAUUUUAAAACCUGAUCUUGAAGCAGUACAGCAAACUUUCGUUGAAAAGAGAAAAGUUUUUAUUUUGUUGAGGAAAUCAGUUUGUUUCCAGCUCGUGUGACUGAACAGUUGUGGAUUCUACUUAAUACCCCAAGUUAAUUGAACUUAACAAUUUGGAGACUUAAAAUAAAUCAUUCAACCUGAGUAAAAUUAUCUCUGAUAUUGAAGCAGCAGUUGAACUUAUAUUUUUAAGCUGAAACAGGCUCAGAUUAUUCAUGGUGUAGCUUCUGCAGUAAUUCAGCAGCAUCACAUUGAAUAUUAUGGCUGUGAACUCACAGGGCUCUUGUAAAUUUACACACAAUAUUGUAAAAACUGCUGUAAGACUGCAGAGAAACGUGAAACAAAAACAAGCAGAAAAAUCUGCAGUCACCAAUAAAAAACAUGUUACGUUCAAAAGACUUUCAUUUUCAAAAAGUUUUCAAAAAGUUGGCUUUCAAUUUGGCACAACUGCUGCAUCAGGGCUAACGAUCAGACUUUUACUUUGCUGCUGGUUUUUGGUUUUUUCUCUUUUUGUUUUGCUGUGUUUGCUUGUUUUAACUUAUUGUUUAUUUUUUAUCAGAUCCUGUCAAGUGCUCUGGGCUGCAUCCUUGCACGAAGGGUGCAAUACAGAUAAAGUUAUUAUUGUGGUUAUUGUUAUUAUUAUUGAUUACAUUGCUAAUCUCUCUAGCAUCUGAUAAUGUCUGCAUCCAAGUUUUGGUUCUACUUCCUCUUCUGAAAAGUUGAGCCAUGAGACGAUAAAGACGGGAAUAAAAUAAAAAAGAAAAGAAAAGAGGAUGUGACCUUUUUCUUUCUGUAAAUGGACCAGUUGCCACAUAUUAAGAAAUGACAAUUCAAGAGAAGCGUGGCUGCGUUUGCUUAACAUCUGCAAGUCGAGCGUCAGUGAUCAGAAGGUCUGAUGCUCACUGUGAUCUCUGCAUGUGAUGACAGUUUCCAUACACGACAAUUCUCACCUUAAAUAAACUAAAUAAACUACAGACAGCCUGCACUGAAGCUGUGCAGGUCACUGAAAUGCGAUUUAACACCAGAAUAAUUCAGAUUAUCUUUCAAAUGCGGCUUAACUGACGUGACUUUUGUAGUUUUUGUUUCCUGGUUGUAAAACACGUA